UACGCACGGCAUAUAAAACCCGGCUUUCUGACGUCAGCGAUCUCUUCCCUGCCUAUGCCCUCGUGAGGUGGGCAGUGUAAAAUUUCUUGUCUCUUCUCCACCAAGAGAAUCCAAAACCAUCUGUCAAAAUGGUGAACUUUACCGUAGACCAGAUCCGUGUCAUCAUGGACAAAAAGGCCAACAUUCGUAACAUGUCUGUGAUUGCUCACGUGGACCAUGGAAAGUCAACUUUGACGGAUUCAUUGGUGUCCAAAGCUGGCAUCAUUGCCUCUGCUCGUGCUGGAGAGACACGUUUCACAGACACACGCAAAGAUGAACAGGAGCGCUGCAUUACCAUCAAGUCUACAGCCAUCUCCAUGUACUACGAGUUGAGUGAAAAUGACAUGGCCUUCAUCAAGCAGAGCAAGGAAGGCGCCGGUUUUCUGAUCAACUUGAUUGACUCUCCAGGGCAUGUUGACUUCUCUUCUGAAGUGACUGCUGCUCUCCGUGUCACUGAUGGAGCCCUGGUUGUGGUCGACUGUGUGUCUGGUGUGUGCGUGCAGACCGAGACCGUGCUCCGUCAGGCCAUCUGUGAGCGUAUCAAGCCAGUCCUGAUGAUGAACAAGAUGGACCGUGCCUUGUUGGAGUUGCAGCUUGAACCUGAGGACCUGUACCAGACCUUCCAGCGUAUUGUUGAGUCAGUCAAUGUCAUCAUCUCCACUUAUGGAGAGGAUGAAAAUGGACCAAUGGGGAACAUCAUGGUUGAUCCAGUCAUUGGUACUGUUGGCUUUGGAUCUGGACUCCAUGGCUGGGCCUUCACCCUGAAGCAGUUUGCUGAGAUGUACGCAGCCAAGUUUGCUGCCAAAGGCAACACCCAGAUGACUGCAGCUGAGCGCGCAAAAAAAGUGGAAGAUAUGAUGAAGAAGCUGUGGGGUGAUAGGUACUAUGACACCGAAAAUGGAAAGUUUGUCAAGAGUGCAAUUAGUGCUGAUGGAAAGAAGUUCUCACGCACCUUCUGUGCUCUUGUCCUGGACCCCAUCUUCAAGGUGUUUGAUGCCAUCAUGAACUUCAAAAAGGAGGAAGCUGCGAAGCUGAUCCAGAAGAUGGACAUCAAGUUGGACAAUGAAGACAAGGACAAAGAGGGUAAACCUCUUCUGAAGGCUGUGAUGCGCCGCUGGUUGCCUGCUGGAGAAGCUCUUCUGCAAAUGAUCACCAUUCACCUGCCUUCCCCCGUCACUGCUCAGAAGUACCGUUGUGAGCUGCUGUACGAAGGACCUGGAGAUGAUGAAGCUGCCAUGGGUAUCAAGAACUGUGACCCUAAAGCUCCCCUCAUGAUGUACAUCUCAAAAAUGGUACCCACCAGUGACAAGGGUCGUUUCUAUGCUUUUGGACGUGUGUUUUCUGGAAUCGUGUCCACUGGCCUGAAAGUGCGCAUCAUGGGACCAAACUUUGUCCCUGGAAAAAAGGACGAUCUCUACUUAAAGCCUAUUCAGAGGACCAUUUUGAUGAUGGGCCGUUACGUUGAGCCAAUUGAGGAUGUGCCCUGUGGUAACAUUGUGGGUCUCGUUGGAGUGGACCAGUUCCUUGUCAAGACUGGAACAAUCACCACCUUUGAGCAGGCACACAACAUGAGAGUGAUGAAGUUCAGUGUCAGCCCUGUGGUGAGAGUUGCUGUGGAGGCAAAGAACCCUGCAGACCUGCCCAAGCUUGUGGAGGGUCUGAAGCGUCUGUCAAAGUCUGAUCCUAUGGUGCAGUGCAUCAUAGAAGAGUCUGGAGAGCAUAUUGUUGCUGGAGCUGGAGAGCUGCAUUUGGAGAUCUGUCUGAAGGAUUUGGAAGAGGAUCAUGCUUGCAUUCCAAUCAAGAAAUCUGAUCCAGUGGUGUCCUACAGAGAGACCGUUAGUGCUGAAUCAAAUAUCAUGUGCCUGUCAAAGUCACCCAACAAGCACAACCGUCUGUUCAUGAAGGCCCGCCCCUGCGAAGAAGGCCUGGCAGAAGAUAUCGACAAGGGUGAUGUUGCCUCCCGACAGGAGCUCAAGACUCGUGCCCGCUACCUCGCCGACAAGUAUGAGUGGGAUGUCGGUGAGGCCAGAAAGAUCUGGUGCUUCGGGCCAGACGGAAAUGGCCCCAACCUGCUGGUGGAUGUUACCAAGGGAGUACAGUACCUUAAUGAGAUCAAGGACAGCGUUGUUGCUGGAUUCCAGUGGGCAGCCAAGGAAGGAGUCCUGUGUGAGGAGAACAUGCGCGGCAUCCGCUUCGACAUCCAUGAUGUAACCCUGCAUACAGAUGCCAUCCACCGUGGUGGUGGUCAGAUCAUCCCUACAGCCAGAAGAGUUCUGUACGCUUGUGAGCUUACAGCAGACCCCAGAAUGAUGGAGCCAGUUUACCUGGUUGAGAUCCAGUGCCCUGAAACUGCAAUGGGUGGAAUCUACGGUGUGUUGACCAGGAGGCGUGGGCAUGUGUUUGAGGAGUCCAGGGUCAUGGGAACACCAAUGUAUGUCAUCAAGGCCUAUCUGCCUGUCAUGGAGUCUUUCGGCUUCACUGCUGACCUUCGUUCCAACACUGGUGGUCAGGCCUUCCCACAAUGCGUGUUCGAUCAUUGGCAGAUCCUUCCUGGAAACCCACUGGAGCCCACAAGCAAGCCUGGUAUAGUUGUCCUUGAGACACGCAAACGCAAGGGUCUCAAAGAGGGUGUCCCUGCCUUGGAUAACUACCUGGACAAAUUGUAAAAGCCUGGGCCCCACCUAACCCUUCUCUCAUUCCUCCCUGCCCAGCAAAUUUAAGUUUAUCUUGUGGGACCGGACUGUACAGAACAGUGAGCACACAUGUUUGCCAAAAGGAUCGACGAUAAUGAAGAAAUGACCACAAAAAUUGUAAACGAUAAAUAAAAUGAAAUAAAAAUUA